AUGCCGUGCCAAUAUGCGCGUAGUAUUGAAACCGCUGAGCCAGAGCUCUUAGAGCCGCCGCGGAAGAGCAGCAGCUCAAAGCGGAAAUACAAGAGUUCCGAGGGUUGGCGGAGUACGCAUAAGCACCACUCCACCAUGCGCCGAUCACCAUCGCGACAGGCUACUAUCUCCUGUCCCUGCGCGCGGGAACACAAAGCAUCCAAGGCGCCGGAUCAUAUCAGGUCAUGCGAGUUCUGUCAUGUAACUGAGACGCCGAAAUGGAGGUCUGGACCAUCGGGACGUCGUACCCUCUGCAACGUCUGUGGAUUGCUGUACGCUAAGAGGGAGGUAAAGGCCCGGUCGUUCUUAUUGGAAAGGGAGUUUGGGUGCGACUCUGUUUCUGACGCAUCGUCGAGGUCAACAAAGGUCUCGACUGAGGGUUCUCAUUCCCUGGGACUGCGAUGA